ACAAGUCAUCAAUUGCUGGCUCAGAAGAUGCUGAACCUCUUGCCCCACCCAUCAAACCAAUUAAACCUGUCACCAGAAACAAGGCACCUCAGGAACCUCCAGUAAAGAAAGGACGUCGGUCACGGCGGUGUGGGCAGUGUCCUGGCUGCCAGGUGCCUGAGGACUGUGGUGUUUGUACUAAUUGCUUAGACAAGCCCAAAUUUGGUGGCCGCAAUAUAAAGAAGCAGUGCUGCAAGAUGAGAAAAUGUCAGAAUCUACAGUGGAUGCCUUCUAAAGCCUACCUUCAGAAGCAAGCUAAAGCUGUGAAAAAGAAAGAGAAAAAGUCUAAGACCAGUGAAAAGAAAGAGAGCAAAGAGAGCAAUGUUGUGAAGAACUUAGUGGACUCUAGUCAGAAACCUACCCCAUCAGCAAGAGAGGAUCCUGCCCCCAAGAAAAGCAGUAGUGAGCCUCCUCCACGAAAGCCCAUUGAGGAAAAGAGUGAAGAAGGGAAUGCCUCUGCCCCAGGGCCUGAAUCCAAGCAAGUCACCACUCCAGCUUCCAGGAAGUCCAGCAAGCAGGUCUCUCAGCCAGCACCAGUCGUCUCCCCUCAGCCACCUAGUACAGGACCACCGAGAAAAGAAGUUCCGAAGACCACUCCUAGUGAGCCCAAGAAAAAGCAGCCUCCACCGCCAGAACCAG